CAGCAGCGGACAACUUUCCAGAGGAGCACGCGCCGCGCGCCUGGACCUCUCUGCGCCGCGGGGACUUUGUUUCUAACAGCUUUGAUUUUUUUUUACCCCCCCCGCACACGAGAUGUUGAUUGUGCUCGUGCGACCACGACAUAACCUCGCAUCGCGGUCUCGCGCACGGUUUUACUAGAGGAGUAUUUCUCUCUCUCUCUCUCUCUCUCGUCUCAUUGUGCCCUGACAAACUCCGGGGCCACGCAGCGCGCACAGGUACAGCCCGCCCUCCUGCGCACGGACUGCCCAAAAGGCGCAGCAGCAGCGGGAUUUUCUAUUGUUAUUAUUGAUUUCAACUUGAGCGAUCCUUUGGAAUUCCUUUUGUUCAAUGACUUGAAUGGUUGGAUCUGAAGUUAGAUUUCCCGAGCUGUAAGAACAAGAGAUUUAAGAGAUAAAAGAAACUAUAAACCGCUGGAGGUUGGGUUCGACCAUGCAGCUGGACGGUCUGUGGACGGUCCAUGUCCUCCUGGCACUGUCCCGUCUUGCUCUCGGGAACCAAUUGAGCGUUGACCCGUUGGCCGCGCCUCGCGUCUUCAUCUCCUUCAAAGAGCUGCGAUCCACUGGUACUGCUCAUCACUUCGCCUACCUCCUCAACACGUCCGACUACCGGAUCCUGCGUAUGGACGAGGACCAUGACCGCAUGUACGUUGGCAGCAAGGACCACAUCCUGUCCCUGGACCUCCAUGACAUCAACAAGGAACCGCAUAUUAUUCACUGGCCAGUGUCUGAACGACGAAGGAUGGAGUGCCUUGUGAGUGGGAAGGACGCCAAUGAGGAGUGUGCAAACUUUAUCCGUCUGGUGGAGCCAUGGAACCGGACUCAGCUCUACAUCUGUGGGACUGGGGCCUACAAUCCUGUCUGUACCUUUGUCAACCGCGGCCGCAAACCUCAGACGUCCAUGUAUCUGCAGAUGGCCCAGGCCAGAGGAAGAGCUAGCCGCGCAGCUGAACCCAGCGCGGUGCACGAGACACUGGGACUCAAGGAAGAAAUCUUUCGUUUGGAGCCAGGGAAAGUGGAAUCUGGGAAAGGAAAGUGCUCCUAUGACCCGAAUCUGAAUAGCGUGUCAGCUUUGAUCAAUGGAGAACUAUAUGCUGGAGUCUAUGUUGACUUUAUGGGGACAGAUUCUGCCAUUUUCCGUACUCUGGGGACAAAGACCGCCAUGCGAACAGAUCAGUACAACUCCAGAUGGUUAAAUGACCCCACUUUCAUUCACGUUCAGCUCAUCCCUGACAGCGCAGAGAGAAACGACGACAAGCUGUAUUUCUUCUUCCGGGAGAAGUCCUCUGAGAUGGGCCAUAGUCCCGUGACCCAGUCCCGCAUAGGACGCAUCUGCCUGAAUGAUGAUGGAGGCCACUGCUGCCUGGUCAACAAGUGGAGCACCUUCCUGAAGGCCAGGCUCAUCUGCUCGGUGCCAGGGGCCGACGGCAUGGAGACGCACUUCGAUGAGCUCCGAGAUGUUUACAUACAGCCAACACAGGACACAAAGAAUCCUGUUAUUUACGGCGUCUUCUCUGUCUCUGGCUCUGUCUUCAAAGGCUCAGCAGUUUGUGUGUACUCCAUGGCUGACAUCCGCAUGGUCUUCAACGGACCAUUCGCCCACAAGGAGGGUCCCAAUUACCAGUGGGUGGCCUACAGCGGGAAGAUCCCGUACCCUCGACCCGGCACGUGCCCUGGAGGGACAUUCACGCCCAACAUGAAGUCCACUAAGGACUAUCCGGAUGAAGUGAUUAACUUCAUGAGGAAUCACCCAGCCAUGUACAAUGCUGUGUACCCGGUACACAAGCGCCCCCUGGUGGUUCGGACCAAUGUAGACUAUGAGUUCACCACCAUCACUGUCGACCAAGUGGCAGCUGCAGACGGCAACUAUGAAGUGCUCUUUUUAGGAACUGACAAGGGAACAGUACAGAAAGUCAUUGUUUUGCCCAGAGACGACCUGCAGACUGAGGAGCUGGUCCUCGAGGAGGUCGAGGUUUUCAAGGUCCCCACUCCAAUUACCACAAUGAAGAUCUCAUCUAAAAGACAACAGCUUUACGUGUCAUCAGCCACAGGGCUGACCCAGUUGGCUCUGCACCGCUGCGAUGUGUACGGCGAGGCCUGUGCUGACUGCUGUCUGGCCAGAGACCCUUACUGCGCCUGGGACGGAAAGUCCUGCUCCCGUUACUCCGCCUCGCAGAAGAGGUCUGACCCCUUUAGACGUAGCCGGCGGCAGGACGUCAAGUACGGAAACCCCAUCCGCCAAUGCCGAGGCUUCAACUCUAACACCAAUAAGAACACUCUGGAGAUGGUGCAGUAUGGGGUGGAGGGGAGCAGCACCUUCCUGGAGUGUCAGGCCCGCUCUCCACAUGCUCUCAUCAAAUGGCAUCUGCAGAGGGAUAACAGCGACCGCAGAAAAGAGAUGCGCUCUGAUGGUCGGAUUCUGAAGACAGAGCAAGGUCUCCUGCUGCGGUCUCUGCAGCCCUCGGACUCUGGCAUGUACCAGUGUACGGCCACGGAGAAGAACUUCAAGCACACGCUGGUCAAACUUCAGCUGGUGGUGCUGUCGGGCCGGGCCGUCAACAACGUGCUGGUGGAGGGCGGAGGAGGGCUGGUUCCGUCUUCUUUCCACGCGGGCAGCACCCAGUGGACCCCCAGCGCGGGCCAGUACAAGGACCUGCUGACCAUCCUGAGCCAGCCAGAGAUGAGCCUGAUCAAUCAGUACUGCCAGGACUACUGGCAGUUUGGAGACCCGCUGCUGGGCACCCUCAAGGCCAAAGACCUGAAGGAGCUCAAGGAGCAGAAGAAGCCCCGCAACCGCCGGCAUCACAGGGAGGGGGAAAGGGAGGGGGAAAGGGAGGGGGAGGAGAACGAGGAGCUCCAUGAGGUAGAUACAUGAGGAGCUCAGCUUUGUGUCUAAAAGAGCCUCAAGCACCCCUCCUCCUCCUCCUCCUCCUCCCCCCCCCCCCCCCCUCACCCACACACACACACACACCCUACACCCCCACUCACCAUCUCGUGAAAACUGGGAGAGACUUAUUGAGGGUAGCAAACGUGAAAAAUAAAAAUCCACAAAUCCCAAAAAAAGCAAACUGAGAAAAAAAAGAGGCUUUCAAACAAGACCCCUACAUACAUCCUCUCAAACAGUAAGAUAUAUGAUACACAGUAUUUAUUGUUGGUUGUAUAUAGUAUCAUUCUGUGGAUUACUUUGUACUUAAAGAAAAAAACAUGCUCUUUGUGUAUAGGUACCUUUGGGGCGAAUAUUAUUGUUAUUAUUGAUGUUGUUAAUUUUAUUGUUGCUGUUACUGUCAUUACAAAACUCGUCUGUCAGCAUCACAUGACCGUGGCAACUCUCGGGCAUGUGAGCUUCUGAAGCUCUGAGGGGCAGAUGAGCUGCUGAUGGGGGGUGAUGGGGAUCUCGGUUGUUUCCUGCUUGCUUUGACUCGAUGCCAAGGCUCUUACUCUGCAAGUCCCUCAUGGCUGCAUGCGGAGAGACACUUAAUAUUGCGCUGGGGACCACCAGCACAUGGUCCCAGUAAAUCUCAAGGGGAACCCAGAUGUAGAGAUGAGUAUUCUAAUCUUCUCACAGGUGUUAUUGGGCCGUUUAAAAGGAAACUGGUGCUUGGCUGAUUCUAUUUGCUUCCGUAUUGGAGGAUUGAUUGUAAAAUGAUCCAGUGUCUUUGCAGCUAUUCAGCCCAGACACUAACUUAGAUUAUUGAAAUCUCAAUAGAAAUAGCCACACAUUCAAGUUUAAAAAUAUUCUAUAUUUAAAGAAGCCAGCAUCGGAUCUGUUUUUCAAAUCAAAUCUUUGAGGUAAUGCAGCGGAUCUUUUCAAAUGCAAACAUCUUUGAACGGAGAUUGAGGUGCAAUAAAGGGUCAUGGUUCUGCACAAGGGGCAUUCUUUUUUUACCUUUCAGGGGACAUUGGCUGGGGCCAAAUGCAAAAAGCACACUCUGGCAAGUUAUAGUUGACUUCUGUAAAAAAAGAAAAAAAGACACAUGCAGUUGAAGAUGAAAGAUGCACAGUUCAGACAGCAGCUCUGAGAACUCUAUUGUCAUCUCUUGUCCUUUCCUCCUUUUACAUGUGGAAAAACAAUUCCCAUAUACACAACAGAGCAUUGUAACAAUGUUGUGACACUAACCAAUAUAUUGGGAAGCUGGCUUUCAUUGUGUGCAUGAACCUGUAUUUGUACUGUAAUUCUGAUACUGUGUAGUAUUUCUUUCUGCUUUCAUCUCUGGGUGCACAGUACGGUUGCUGAGGGACAUUCUUGGGGACAUUGGGGGAAAUGCUAAAAAGAAAGCCCUCUUUACACAUAUACCUCGUAUAAUGUAUGAUGCAUCUUUCCAUUGCCAUUUAAAUCAAUUUUUGAUUUUGUGUAUUAAGUGAGAUUAUCUUACACAUGUUCUGGUUAGCACAUAAUGAGGUUAAGUCUCAUAUUCAGGCUGUUAUCAAUGCCUUUGGGAAGAUGCAUCUAUAAUUCAUACCGAGGGAUCUCUAUCUGCUCCUCGUGUCUGUCUGCAUCCACCACAGUUCCUGGUUCUCUCCUCCAGAUGAGACCAGGGGUUACAUAUACAACAAAAGAAAAAUGUAAGGUUGUACAAUUUGUUGGUAUUUUUAAAAAAAAAACGUCUGUAGUUUUUGAGUGUUUAUUGUUUGUUUUUGUACUUUAUGGAAAAAAAAGAAAAAAAAAACUAAAUGCACAAAGGUGAUGUUCUUGUAAUUGCUUGUGUAAAUGACUCUCUCUUCCAUUUCCAUUGUUGUUGCCGACUAAUAAAUUAAAGUUCUAUAUUUUAUAAGAAUGGAA